CACACACACACACACACACACACACACACACACUGCUCUUUGGUCUUUCUCAUGCUCCUUUGUCUCAGGUUUGCUUCUCUCUCCUCUCUGCUCUUUCCUCUGUUCUCCAUCUAUUUUGGCUGCUCUGUUCCACCUCCUCCUUUCUCCACCCUUCCCUCCCUCCUUUCUCCUCCUGCAUUUGUCUGCUUCCCGGGCCUCCCAUGCUGCCCACCUUUCUCCCUGCCUCUCAGUGUGGACAUCGUGUUUCUCCUCCCCCACCCCCCCUGCAAAGUCACCACCUGCUCAGCACAGGGCCCUGCGCACCCAACUUCACAUCUGUCUGCGCAGCCCGCUGCCAGGUGACAAGGAGGCACAAAUCGUGUUCCCUGGAUCGACUGGGGCCUGGCCUCGGGGCCAGUGCUCUCCCUCAACUUCCUCAGUCAUCCUAUUAACCCUACACUUGACAGUGGCCCAGGGUGCCUACGGGAACACUCCACUUUCAUACCCAUUAUCUUAUCUGAUCUCAAAACUGCGCAGUGAGUCAGGCUUGGUGGUUCUAUUGGAGAGGAAAGUACAGGACUAGCAGCUCUCAACCGCCUCCUCCGUGACAAUAUCUACACACUCACCACCGCCUCCAGGGCUCACACCAGCGCUUCUGCGGGCCCACGGGGCACCGUUGUGGAAAUUAGGAAACAGUGCCCAUUCUUUGAUCCCCGUUCCUGCCACCUGCUAGAAAACAGAUAAAUGCACAAACUGAAAAUAGUAAAUACACAAAUCUGUGACGCGGCCAACGUGAGCGGUGCCCUCUGGUUAUGCAGCACGCACCCUGCACCGAUGUACAAGGUGCGUCUAAAUGACACACCUGCAAGGGGCGAAUGGUUGCUUGAAUUUUGCACCGGAGGAUAUGAAUUCUGCUGCCACGGUCAUAGGACAGCAGCCUGCCGUUUCAGGCCCUCAAGCCUCUUGGUCCUCCGGCGGGUCUUUCUGGUUCCUGGAUGCCAGUCUGUUUGGGACUCACGAGUCGUCUCCGAUUCCUACUCCUCACGUGUUCAGCUCAGCUGGUUCCCCUGGAGCCACGCAGAGGGCACCCACUCGGGGUCAGGAGGCCUGGCUCAGAUCUAAGGUCUGCCACUUACUAGCUGUGCAACCCCAGGCUAGUUGCUUUCAGUUCUGCAAGCCUCAGCUUUCAUCCUCUCGUUGGCCAACGAGAGUGCUCGCGGGAGAUCUGGCCCAUGGAAGAGAGGAAGAGCCUUUGUUCACAGAGGUUCCCAGCCAGAUGCGAGGCGGAAGCAGCUUCCAGCAGACACUCUACAAGCGUGGCCUGUGCUAUGCCGGGUGCCUCUGGAGAGCAUCGAACCUCGCUGGGAUUCAUGGGUGGCUUCUUGCUGCAGGUGACCCCGAGGCUGAGUCACAAAGCGUGGACGGCACUGACAUCUGGGAAAAAGGGGUAGAGGGCUUUCCAGGCGGCGAGAACAGCCAGCACAAACCAAGAGAGCCCCAGGGUGGGCCCACAGCGCCGGGCUGCCCCCCAGAUGAGUGCCCCCCACAGGCAGCUCUGUGACUUUGAGCAACUCUCCCAAACCUCUUCCCUCUCAACGUGUGAAAAUCCAUGAAUAAUAAUACACGGAGCUUGGAGAGCCUGCAGGCUGCCUUUGGAUGAAAGAAAGUAUUACCAUAUUAACUAAU